AUGGAUGUUGUGGUCCAAUCAUUGGGCGCAGUUGUUGCCUUAAUCGCUACCGGUUUGCGCUCUUUCAGCGACUUGUUUUUGACUCAGCCAUCGAGGGCCACCCUCAAAUAUUUAGAGGAGACUGACCUCAAACCAUUGAAAGGAGGUAGGUUUGUAAAGUACUUUCUAAACGUAUUGUUAUCUAAUGUAUUGGUGUCCAAUGGAUGGUUAUAGACCGUAUUGGUGAAAAUUGCAGUUUUCCCCCUAGGCCUAUCUGGACUGAAGCAGCCUUGACGUUGCCUGGAAACCUGAUGUUGAAUCGGGCAGUAAAUGGCAUUUUUUAAAUCAGGAAAAUGUCCCAUCAUGGACUCUACAAGCCAGAAUAUUGAAUACAAUUAUAUUUUAACUUACUUUACCGGUUGUCUGUGCAGUUGGUCCUUUUGGCGGUUGAUUUAAUUAUACUUUACUGAUUUUAAUUAUACUCUCCCAUUCCUACCGCCAAAAGGACCAACUGCACGGACAACCGGUGAAGUAUGUUCAAAUAUCAUUUUAUUCAACAUUCUGGCUUGUAGAGUUCUUCAGAGGAAACAUUCCUGACUCAAAUGCUAAAUUCUGCCCGGUAACAUCAGGUUUCCAGGCAACCCGUGACCUAUAUUUGCUUAAUUUUAACCUUACAACUUUUUUCUUUUCUUGAUUUAGAGCGUAAGCCUUUGAAGGCCAAAAGACUAUGGGAGAAGUCUGGAGCAGUUAUCAUGGCUGUAAGGCGGCCUGGAUGAUUUUUGUGCAGAGAGGUAUAGCUUUGAGUCACUAUUUACCUUUGCCCUUAUAAACAUUUUAUUUGAGAAGUAACACAUGUUGCUGUGUAAAGCCUUAUUUGCGUAUUUAUUUCCCAGGAUGUCUUUUGAGUGAAUUUGAGGUACCAGUACCACCAUAACUGUUUGCUAGUGACAGACAUGAUUGUUGCGUUUGAUGGCUUUCAGUCCUGUAGCCUUCACCAAGUGGGUACAUAAUUGAAUAUUUUAUCAUAAACAUUUAAUUAUUUAUGCAUUUGUUUAAGUGGUUUGUAGGCCACAUUGGCAAAUCACAUUAUGUUGGCUUGCAAAGUGUUAUACAAUUCCUAUUGGAAUCCAGCCAGAGUUAGGAGAUCCAACAAUUUGAACUUUUAAUCACCUGCAAUAUGCAGUUAGUGACUGCCAAGGUAAGGAAGAUUGAUAAAUGAGAUUAACCUUAACCAUCUAAACUGAAACAACCAUCUCAAUAACAGGUGAAAUUAGUAUAACCCCUUACAGAUUGGAUUAGUUUAGAGAAUUGUUUUAUAUUUAAGAUCAAUUAAUGUGUGCAGAAACAUGGAUAUUAAAACAAACUAUUCUAAAAAUCAACCUACAACCGAGUAUGCUAGGAUAUGAGACACCUCCCAUGUCUUUCACUCUGAGUUAACGGAAAUUAACUCAACAGUCGUAAAAACACUGGUGUUGAUGCCUCUGACUCAAAUAAUACUUCAUUUGUUUUGUCACAUACACCGGAUAGCUGCAGUGAAAUGUGGUGUUUUACAGGGCCACAGUAGUAUGGUGCCCCCUGGUGCAAAUUAUGGUUAAGUGCCCUAGAAUCAACACUCAGCUGUAACUCAAAUCUUUUGACCUGUGGUCUGAUCUAGGCCCUAUGUCUGUCAUUUGGCAAACUGCAUAUGUUGUCAUCCUCCAGGAGGCCGCUGAGCUGUCCUCUCUGAAGCCCCAGCUGGAGGAGCUCGGGGUCCCUUUGUACGCCGUGGUGAAGGAGGACAUUGGCACAGAGAUCCAGAACUUCAGACCCUACUUCAAUGGGGCGAUCUUCAUGGAUGCGAAGGUGCAUAGGCUGGGUUUCCCAGUCUAAUUUAUAGGAAAUGAAUCCUCUUGUUCAAUGAGCACCAUUGUGGUUCACGUCUCAAAACUAGUAAUUUAUGCAACACCCUAUCUAAUCGGUCAUGAUUAUUGCAAUUUGUUGAAAUGCCAAAGCCUUCUGUUCUGUCUUUCAGAGAUGUUUCUACGGGCCCCGUGAGCGGAAGAUGGGUCUGUUGGCGUUCCUCCGUCUGGGCGUGUGGAUGAAUGGCCUGCGUGCCUUCAAGAAUGGCUUCUUAGGAAAUGUGUUUGGAGAGGGCUUAGUGCUAGGUGGGGUGUUCGUCAUUGGAGCAGGCCAGCAGGUAGGUCUUUUCAGGAAAUACUCACUCCGCCAUCUCACUUACUGAUAGCAUGGAUGGUAAAAUAAGAGUUUUCGGGGAAAUGCUGGCUAAAUGAAUCAAAUGGCACAACCAAAGCGAAUAUCUAUAUAUAUAUUUUUUUGCUGUCAUCUGCAGGGUAUACUGCUGGAGCACCGGGAGAUGGAGUUCGGGGAUAAGGUCAACAUUAUGGAUGUCCUGAAAGCUGCCAGAAAAGUACAAACUGAACUUGUGUCUUUGGAGAAGUAAUGUGCCUUUGAUAGAAACUGAAACCACAAAUUCCACCCAAUUUAGGAUGUAGAAAGGGUGGGUAGAUGACGUCUUGUUCGUAGUUGCAGUGUUCUCUCUGGGAUCUCCUGGGUCUCGUCCUGCUGAUUUGUUGGGCUGUGUGAGUGUGCUUAUGAUGGUCUGUGUCUAAACUCUGUGGAGGGACCAGACUUGAUGCAUUACACUCAUCUCCCAUUUACAGUCGAUAGACAGGCUACCCGAGGACCUGAAAGACCUCUAUUUGACAAUAAAGAGCUCAUUAUGCAUCAGUACCCCUCUGCUCUCUUUUCUCUGGUGAGGUUAAUGAUUGACUUGACAGGUUUUCAAAUGUCCACUUCAUAAUUUGUAUCUCUAAUUCUACCAUAUUGACUACUCACGAAGUCUGUUUUCAUUGUGUGUUGUUAAACCGACACGUUUGGUUUUAUUGGCAAACUACAAUUAAAUAAAGUUAAGUUUCCAGUGUUUGUGUUUCUUAAUGUCUUGACUGUUUUAGUAAGACCUUGGAUAGCUCUAGGCACCAAAGUCAGUUAUAUUUUAUGUGUGAGGGCUGUGAUUGGCUGAAUCCUCUAUCAUUCAAAUGACCCCCUCUGGCAACCUCCUGUUUUUAAGUGGUGAGUAUAGGGUGUGUGUGUGUGUAACAUCCAGACUUUACACUGUUGGACAGACGACGGGAACUUACUCAAUGGGAGCAACACUGCAUGUCCUAUCUAUUGUUCUAUGUCCUGGGAAAACUACAGCAACAAGUUGGUAUUCUUUUGUCUCUUAGGACUUAACAAUGUUAUACUUAAUGCAUGUAAACUUAUUUUCAAUACUAUUGAGAGGUAAACAAGUUGACUCAGUGACUGUCCAUACAGGGAUUUUUAUACAUUGUAAAUGGUGGAAUCAAUCAUCACUCAACUUUUGACCUUGAGUCUGCAACUUGUACAUCAGAUGCCACACUGAAUUGUAUAUGGUUAGUGAGUAGGGUCUAUUACUAGUGGCAAACACAUGUAACUGUUUUUGUUCGACUUUGACCCACCUCCCAAAAUAACCUUGCUCUGUUUUGCUAUUGCCCAAAGAACAUCUGUGAUAAGCAGAAAUGUUAACUGCCUUUAUAAUAAACUCAUCUGGUUUGAUCUAAAUAUUGUUUAACAUCCCUGUCCUGAAGCAGGCUGUUUUUAGUAUCUAUUAAAUGUGCAAUGUUACACUUAGUCAUAAGAUUGUUUCUACAGCUUACAAAAUGUAGCAGUGAGUGUCCGCCAAUAUCGAGGGGGAUUGUGAAACAGGUCUUAUCAGAAAUGUUCACAUUAUCCGUGACCUCGUCUGAGACGACUGAAUGUGAUGUGAUAAUACAAUUGGAGCCUUAUCAGAACUGAGUCAUGGCUGGGACACAAUGUGCCCUUGAAUCAACCACUGCAAAGGCUACACCGUGGCUCCUCAUAGUUAGGAAUAAAAUGUACUGUUGCAGAAUGAAGGGGGAGGGGUCUUCAGGAGUUUUACCGGAGCUAGUCAGGCUUUAAGUAUCAGAACAUUACCUUUGACAUGAAACCGCCGUUCAUUUCCACACUUGAUCUUGUUCCCCCAAAAAUGUUUGGUCUAUCUACUGAAGAUACCCCUUUUUUUGUCACAUGCGCCGAAUUCAACAGGUGUAUUGAAAUGCUCACAAAAAAAAGGUUGUAUCCCGGCUAUGAGAAACCCAGAUAAGAUACCUGGGAUAUGCUGAUCUUAGACUUCAAAAAGUGAUUUGGCUACUUUCACCCCUACAUUUCUGCAUAUAAUUUCCAACUUUUGGUAGGCCAUUUGUCAACUAUAGGUAGAUGCAUGCAUAAUUUUUUUGUCAUAGCCUAACUUGUUGCCCCAGAAUACUAAAUACAGUAGGAAGCAACAAGCACGAACUGUUUGGCGGGAGCUUCAUGAAAUGACCGAGCAGCCACACACAAGCCUAAGAUCACCAUGCGCAAUACCAAGCGUCGGCUGGAGUGGUGUAAAGCUCGCCGCCUUUGGACUCUGGAGCAGUGGAAACGCAUUCUCUGGAGGGAUGAAUUAUGCUUCACCAUCUGGUAGUCCGACGGACUAAUCUGGGUUUGGCUAUCUGCCCCAAUGCAUAGUGCCAACUGUAAAGUUUGGUGGAGGAGUAAUGGUCUGGGGCUGUUUUUCAUGGUUCGGGCAAGGCCCCUUAGCUCCAGUGAAGGGAGAUCUUAACGCUUCCAACAUUGUGGCAACAGUUUGGGGAAGGCCCUUUCCUGUUUCAGCAUGACAAUGCCCCCGUGCACAAAGCGAGAUCCAUACAUAAAUUGUUAGUUGCGAUCGGUGUGGAAGAACUUGACUGGCCUGCACAGAGCCCUGACCUCAACCCCAUCGAACACCUUUGGGAUGAAUUGGAACGCCGACUGCGAGCCAGGCCUAAUCGCCCAACAUCACUGCGAGCCAGGCCUAAUCGCCUAACAUCAUUGCCCAAGCUCACUAAUGCUCUUGUGGCUGAAUGGAAACAAGUCCCCGCAGCAAUGUUCCAACAUCUAGUGGAAAGCCUUCCCAGAACAGUGGAGGCUGUUUUAGCAGUAAAGGGGGGGACCAACUCCAUAUUAAUGCCCAUGAUUUUGGAAUGAGAUGUUUGACGAGCAGAUGUCCACAUACUUUUGGUCAUGUAGUGUAAGACCUAACUUUGUCUUGGGUGCAUAUUUUAUGUGUAUAUAGUUGAGAAAAAAUAUAUACAAAUUAAUAAAAAUAAGUGUAAAAGAUAACAUAUUACACACACAUUCUCAUUUUCUCAAGAGAUGCUGAAAGAAAGAAAUCAUGUUUUUCCAGUUGUAUCAUUUUACUGCAAGAAAUGCAUAAUACUGCAGGAGUUAAUAUUAUAUCACGCUACAUGUGCGAGGUUAUAGGCCUACAGUCAGUGUCCAUAUUUCAGUUACUAUUCCAUUUAACCCCUAUGAACUUAAAUGAGGAAUAUUCUGUUCAUUCAUGGCUACAGGGAUACACGUGAGCGGGAUAUCAAAGUUGCAUGUAAACAGCUUAUUCCGAAUAGGACCUUAAGUGGGAUAUGAGCUACUAUCCGUAAUACUAUGUGCAUGUAAAUGUGGUCAAUGACAAGGCAGAGAAAAUUAAUGGGGCUUUGGUGUGUUAAAGGCCCAGUGCAGUCAAAAACAUGAUUUUCCUGUGUUUUUUAUAUAUCCAGACUGAGGUUUGAAUAAACUGUGACAUUGUGAAAAUUAUAAUGCUAUUUUAGUGUACGAGCUGUUUGAAAAGACUGCCUGAAAUUUCAGCCUGUUUUGGUGGGAUUGAGUUUUGGCUUUCCAUGGUGACAUCACCAUGCAGUACAUUAGUUAAUAGACAAAUAAGAAAGAGUUCUAAUCCUCUCUGCCAAUGAUAGCUAAUUUUCUGUUUUCCACUCAGACCACUCCCAGACAGUCCUAGCAAAAAUCUUGUUUGAGAAAUUGUCCUUUGCUAAGAAGCUAUUUUUGUUUCUUUUUGACCUUUUUCAUUGAAAACAAUCACAGUAAGGUACUUAAAAGUCACCCAGAAAUUAUUUGUUGUAGAGAUAAAAACGGCUGCAUUGGACCUUUUUUAAUCAGUUUUGUCUCUCCCUACAGUGCUGCCUUUCCUCCUGGAGGGGGAGCUCCUGUCCCUCAGUGUAUGGUCUGUGGGCCUCUGGCUGCUGGUUGCCUGGCUGGCUGGCCUUAUCUUGGCCAACACUGACCUGUUCCUGACCAAGUCAGCCCCGUCCACUCUGGAGCACUUGGAGAACAUGGAGCUCCAAUCAACACCCGCAGCCGGUGAGACCAAAACAAAAACUGUACUGAUUCAUUUUCAUUAGCUGAUCUUGCUUUCAAUGGAAAAGCACUUCUAGAAUAAUCACCCAGCAGGAUAGUGGUCUUUGAUUCAGUGCCGGUGUCAAUUUAAUUAUGUAACGUCUAUACACCUGAAAUCUUCUUACUAUUGUAUGCAAUAUUGUUGGUUGUGUCUCUGCAGAUAAGACUGUUAAAGCCAGGAGUCUGUGGGAAAAGACUGGUGCAGUACUCAUGGCUGUGAGGCGCCCCGGAUGAUCCUUAUGCAGAGAGGUACAGUAUAUUUGUAGGGGUAUGAGUGUGUAUGCAUGCUGUAUAUGUGGCUGUGUAUACUCAUGAAUUGUGCGCAUAUACUCAUCCUCCAGGAGGCCUCUGAGCUGUCCUCUCUGAAGCCCCAGCUGGAGGAGCUUGGGGUCCCUCUGUAUGCCGUAGUGAAGGAGGACAUCGGCACAGAGAUCCAGAACUUCAGACCCUACUUCAAUGGGGAGAUUUUUGUGGAUGAGAAGGUCAGAUUUUUUUUUGAAAUGUUUUUUUAAAGUUCAGUUAUAUUCGCUGAACUUUUCUCCAGUCAGGUAAUGUGAGAAAGACUAAUGAUAGGAAGUUGUCUUUUACAGCAAUGUUUCUAUGGUCCCAAGCCGAGGAGGAUGGGACUGGGUCUUGGUCUGGCUCGUCUGGGGGUGUGGCAGAACCUCCUUCAAGCCAGGAAGAAGGGUUACCAGGGUAACAAGAAGGGGGAGGGUUUCAUCCUCGGUGGUGUUUAUGUGAUUGGAGCAGGGAAACAGGUAAGUUCCUCAUUUCCCCUACUGGUUUCAUCAUAUGAGUUUACAUUUUGUUUUUAGUGAAUCAUAUACAUUUUAAAUGGCGUGUGUGUUAUUCUGAAGGGUAUUCUGCUGGAGCACCGGGAGAAGGAGUUUGGGGACAAAGCUGACCUUCCCGCUGUCCUGCAGGCGGCAAAGAAGAUCAAGAAGGGGAAAUAG